AUGGCCGAUCGAGAGCGCUCAAGGUCGCGCUCGCCUCGGCGCGAUCGCGAACGAGACCGCGACAGACCAAGAAAGCAAGGAGGCUUCAGAUGGAAGGACAAUAGCCGCCGCGACGACCGCGACGAAAGACGGGGCCUCGAGCGAGGCUACCGCAACCGCUCUCGCUCCCCUCGCCGCAACCGCGACGGCGACCGUGAUCGGGACCGCAAUCGCAACAACGACAGUUACCGCCCCCGUGACUCCGGCUCCAGAGACAGCAAGCCCAGCGCCUCGACCUCGAAGGAUGCCCCGAAGCCCGCCAAGAAGGAGAAGGCCGCACCUGCGCCGGCUGGUGGUGGUGAGGAGAUGAUCAUUGUGCACGUCAACGACCGUCUGGGUACAAAGGCCGCGAUCCCGUGUCUGGCGUCGGACCCGGUCAAGAUGUUCAAGAUCCUGGUGGCUGCGAGGGUUGGUCGGGAGCCCCACGAGAUUCUACUGAAGCGACAAGGCGAACGGCCCUUCAAGGAUAACCUUACACUGGAGGACUAUGGUGUCAGCAACGGUGUGCAGCUGGACCUUGAGGUUGACACUGGUGACUAA